AUGUUUCGAGCACAACCACAAGCCAUGUCUCAAGAAGGUUCAGCAUCGUCACCACCUCAGUCAAUUCGCCGUCAACCAGACAUCAAUGCAUACUCCGCCUCCUGGUCACGCCCUCUGAAGCAAUUUAGCCUCUUUUUCCUAGGUGCUGCCUUUACCGCGGCAUCUGUUGGGGUAUCUCGCCGGUCUGUGGUGCGUCGCCAGCGCGAUUCUUUCCCAAGGUUUUACACAUCCAACCGCCCUGGGCCCGAGGAUGGCAACAGUUCCGAAGGCGCUUUACUGGGACUUCACGCUCUUGGACUGGCAACGCUCAACGUUUCAAGCUUUGCGGUGCUCCUAACGGGAGGGCUAUCGUGGGCGUUUGAUUUAAGCUCUGUUGAUGAGCUGAGGACGAGGACGAAGGCUGCCCUGCAGAGACCAGGGGGUGAAGUCAGUCCGGAAGACGAGAAAGAAUUUGAACAGAUGAUUGACAAUCUGAUGGCGAAGUUGGGGAUGGAUAAAGUCUCAAACAAGGACGGAGAUGAUGGAAAUCAGAAAGACUCGGGAGAGAAGUGA